UAAAACUUAUAAAGUUAAGUUUUAUAUUUUCUGUGAUUUUGUAUGCAAAAGGAAACCAGAGUUCAAAAAAAAAAAUACAGCAGAUAGAUAACUUACUAAUGUAUCCGGGUUGGACAAAAUUAAAUGAUUUAAUCUGCAUAAAAUAUUAUAGAAGAAAAUAUAAUCUUCAAAAUUUGAUUAAAACAAACAAGUAUCGCUAUGAUGGUAAUCCAAAAAUAAAAAUCACUACUAUAUUUCUUGGAUGCACUUACGCAAAAGUUAUAAAAAAUCUUUGUACAGUUAUUAGCAAUCUUAUACAAGAUAGUAAAAGAAAAUUUUAUGAAAUGAACGAUUUAAUUAAUGGAUUUUUUUGCACCGAAAAACUCAUAAACAUUAUAUCUUUAUUAAUUGUUCCACUGGCAACAAUGUUUAAAGGAGCUAUGGAUGCUUUGGAUUUAUUACUUACUAACCGAUGGUUUAAUAAAAAAUAUACCUACAUGAAAAGUUCUCGAUUAGAGAAAAUUGGAACUAUUCAUGACUAUUUAGACAAACAAAUUCUCUCACGUGAUGAUAUUUUUACAUACUUUUGGACAUUAAAUGUUGUAGAUAAUUUUAUUAAAAUCAUAAUGGCAGAGAUAAAUUAUGACACUGCACAAUAUUGUGAAUUUGUACCAUUUGAUACAAAUUAUUUAUGGAAUGAAUGGAAUCUAGAAUAUAAAACCAUUAUUGAUCAUGGCAUUAAUUUAGUGUUUUUAAAAUUCCUAUCCAAUAAAAUUGAGUAUUAUAUCCAGACAGUAAUUAUACAAAAGUAUUUUCAACUCGGAUUUAAAUAUGAUUCAAUCACCGGAGAAACGUAUAUAACAAAACCGGGAGAGCUAAUUGAGCUAGAAUUGGAACUUAAAGCAACAAAUAUAUAGCAUCCAAAGCAAAUAUUAAUAGUAACUCAAUUAAUGUUGUAAUAAAAUAAGUUUCGUUCAACACUUAUGUUUUAUAAUAAUCACAAUUUGCAUACUUAAUUUUUAUAUCAUUGAGUAAUUCAAUAAA